CCUCUCCAACCACUGGGACACCCUCAGCUUCUAGAGAAUAAGGGUCCUUCGAGUCAACAAGAUGAAGUUUCUGCUCUUCAGUUUUCUCCUUGGUCUGCUUGUGGCCAGUCAAGGUGAAGCUCAGACAGAUGCCUCACAGCUCACAGGAAGAUGGAAAUCCCAUUACGUGGCAGCUGAUAACAUAGAGAAGAUCACCGAGGGCGGGCCAUUCCAUGCUUUCAUGCGUUACAUGAAGUUUGAUGAAAAAAAUGGCACAGCACUCUUCCAAUUUUAUUUCAAGGAGGAUGGAGAAUGCAGAGGAGAAUAUACCACAGGCACAAAGGAUGGAGACGUUUAUUCUUUUCAGUACGCGGGUCACACUGAAUUUCGGGUCGUUAGAGUGGAAAACAAUGCUCUCUUAGCCGAUGUUAUCAAUGUGGAUGGACAUGGCAAGAAGACACAACUGGUACCAUUGUUUGGCAUAGGAGAUGAUGUUGGACUAAAAUGCAAAGAAGAGUUCUACAACACGGUGAGAGAAAAAGGGAUUCCAGAAGAAAAUAUCCUGAACUUCAUCGAUCAGGAUGACUGUCCAGAGGAGUGGGAAAAAAAGUGACUCUGACACUUUUAAAGAGUCACUGACCAGACACAUCCUUAUCUCCAUGGAAUCAAGAUCAGCAACACGAAGAUGACUUUCCUGCUUCCUGAGUAACAUGAUCCUUCUCUUUUCACACUCACAUUCCCUCUCCCAUCUCAUCUCUCCUCGUCACUAAAUCAUGUCCUGGUUGGUGUUACUUGACUUCUGAAGGUUUAAAUAAAUCGAUUAAAUGUUUGCCCUGCA